GAGGAGCGACAGCAGCAGCUAACGCAGGGAUUCCAGACAGACUUUUCAAAAGACAUGGAAGGUGGAAAAGCGAGAAUGCUAAAGAUGGGCUUCUUUACUUCAAGACCACAGUGCACCCCUGUGCUUCAAGACAAAGUCCCUUAUCCAGUUCACACGAUCACCCAUGAACAUUAAAUAGAGAGACAUGGAAACUGUGAACAAGAUGCCGAGAAGCCCGUCGUUUGUCGACAGUGAGAAAACUCGGCAGCUGUGGGACCUCAUCGUGGACAGCAUACAGAGCGGUGACGAUGUGACAGGAGCUGAGGUGUGCUACCUGGGUGCCAUGACAGGCCACAGCCUGGUGUUACCCUGUGUCAGCCUGUUUCCUCUGGACUUUCAAGAAAUCUUGAACAAGCAGCUGAUCGAUCGUUUCAUGCAGAAAACCUUGGAAGAAGCAAAAGUGCUGAACUGGUGCAGAGUUUCGAGACCAUUGACACCUGUACAGAACACAGGAGAUGGGAACUGCCUGCUCCAUGCAGUGUCCCAGUACAUGUGGGGGAUCCACGACCGAGCUCUGGUCCUCCGUAUGCUGUUAAACCGCACCAUGGUGGCUGACAUGACCGAAGACAUGAAGAGACGCUGGAAUCGCAGCUGUAAAGCUCACAACCAGCAUGUGGACCUGGAGUACGUUUCAUUGGAAUGGAGACAGGAGUGGAACAUUGUAGUUUCGAUGACAGAUCCCACACCAAACCCUCCCGAGGCUAAUGACCUCCCCUACAAGUCUCUUGAAGAGUUCCACAUCUUUGUCCUGGCCAAUCUUCUUCGUCGACCGAUCAUCAUCCUUGCAGAAGACGUCCUGCACAAUUUUGAGGGUCACAUCUUCGCACCGAUCCACUUCAGUGGAAUCUAUCUCCCUCUGCGUUGGAAGCCUGAAGAAUGUGUGAGAUCUCCCAUAGUGCUUGGGUACCUGCAGCAGCACUUCACACCCUUACUGAGCCAAGAGGAGGCACCAGCACCCAUAGGUCUGGCUACAGGCGAGUUUGCAGUCCCUCUGGUCAAACAUGACCUCACCAUGCUAACAGUACAAUUUCUACUCGAGCAUGAAGAAAACCAGGCUAAAGAGCUUCUACAGAAGUACCUGGAUCUGAUGGAGUUGCCGUAUACAAGAAAGGAGUCCAUCUCCAUGGUCCUGGCAGCCAAGCUGAACCUAAAUCCUCCUCCUGAGGAGCAAGAUUUCAUCAAAGACUUUUUCCAGGCAGUGGAGAAAUUUUACAAGAAGCCAGAAGAGAUUCAGGAAGCUGAAGAACCAGAAAAAGUGGCUCCAAACAAGAUACCACCACCAGCUGUGAAGAAAGAGAAAACUGAAGGGAAGAAAUUGAGCUCUGCUGGCUGUGACAUGUACCGGACACUUGAGCAAAACGGACUUUGCACAAAAUGUUUCAGAGAAAGUACAGUUUCCAAGAAGCCACCAGGACCAGCUGAAGCUCCGGCAUUGCCGGCUGAUGUUGUUCCAAAUUCCUCCAUGCUGAUGAGGGAGUGCAGGACCCCUGGGUGCCAGUACUUCUGCUCUAUUGCCACUGGAGAAUAUUGUCAUGAAUGUUAUGAGAAAAAUACUGGUGAUCAGCGGAGGAGGGAGGUGGAAGCAGGAAGAGCCACUCAGACUGAAAAAGAAGUUCAGCCACCAGCUGGCAACCCGAACAAAUGCAUCACUGAACGCUGCAACAAUGACAGCAACCCUGAUUAUGAGAAUCUCUGUGAUGUCUGCUUCAUCAACGUUGUGACAAAGUCAGGCCAGCCUCCAUCUGUGCAUCCACUCAAGCAAACUGAGCGAUCCUCCAGGCUGGGUAUCAUCCCUACCACCCCAGAGCCACUCCACAGUGUGGAGAACAGAACCAACAGUCAGAGUCUGGGCCUCAUCAGCGACUUCACUCGUCCAACCAAGUGCAUCAUCCCAGAAUGCCCCAGGACAGGCUACCCCAAAACCAAUGACAUGUGUAAGAACUGCUACAUUGACCAACAGGGCAGAGUUGCUGGUGCCGUUGCUGCAGCUGUCACAACUGUGGCUACAGUUUUGACUCACCUGAGUUCGACAUUUACAUCUGCCAAGACAUCAACACCUGGAGGGUCCCCCACCUGCAUGACUGUAGGAUGUGAGAUGUUUGGUGCUCCAGGCCAGGAUGGGUACUGUUCUCAGUGCUACCUGAUAGAGUUGGGAAAGAAAUCCCGACCCAAACCAGCAGUUGAAAUUGCAGCAACCCAGCAAACUGUGGCCACAGCACCCCAACGGCCUGCUGAAGAGGUUCACCCAAUUGUAACAGUCAAUGACGUGACCAAAGCAAAGUACUAUAAGAAGUGCAAGACACCAGACUGCCAGAAGAUCGGCCACGAGACAACCAAUGGUCUUUGUCAUGGAUGUUACCCCAAGGACAGUAACACAGGAAGAAUUCCUGACAAAGGCACAGCAGCAGCCAACCUGAUAAGUUCUGGACCAGAAGAACUUGUGCCCACAGGUGCAGAAGGAAGCACCAACCCCCAGAUUUCCACUCAAAGUGAGACAAGGCCUCUCGGGUUUGAAAUGUCCUCUUCUUCAACCCUCCCUCUUGGCCCCAUUGAUCCACAGACUGGGGACAACAAUUCUACAGAGUGUCUGAUUGAGGGAUGUACAAAUAUGAAGCUUGAGAACACUGGUGGCAGAUGUUACUGGUGUCUGAAAAAGGGAAAGAUCCCACAAACACCAAAACCAGUAACAAAAUCACCUACAGCUCCAAGCAGCAGUUCAGAUCCACCUGCUGCAGCUCCUACCAACAUUGUAGCUGCAGCAGCUGCAGUAGAUCCGCAGCCUCCGCAGCCCAUUCCAUCGCUGGUUGACAGGAAGCAGUGUCCAGCACCUCACUGUGAUGCCUACGGAGAUGCCAUGUACAACGGGCUCUGCUCCAAGUGUUUCCACACCCUAAAAGAGUACCACAGCAAGAAGCCUGCUGCCUCACCGAGUGCUCUGCCCAAUGGUCCUCACCACUCAUCGGAUGAACUGCCAGCUGGCAACACCAUCAUCACAGCAGGCCACGAAGCAUCAGUGGUCGUGACACCUGGAAACGUUACCGUGACAACAGAAGAAGGAGGGACUGUGUCAGUUGCCAGGACGACAAUCCAAGUACCAGACGAGCCCCAGCUCCCGUGUGUGAACGCAGCCCUGGGAUGUGAGAUGUUCGGCACCAAGGAACAGAUGGGCUUCUGCUUCCAGUGCUUCGGUAAACACAUCAAUCAGCAGGCUCCUGUCAAUCACCCACCCCAGCCAGCCAAUCAGCACCAAGAAGAGACACCACUGAGGGUCCUGGCUGAAGUUGCUGGUUCUUCACACUACGCUGCCAGGUUGCCACGACAGCGGUGUAUUGCCCCCGGGUGUGACAUGCACGGUGAACCGGACAAUCUCAACAUGUGCUCCAAGUACCUGCGCCAUCUGGCGGAGGUCCACCGCGCCAAGGACAUCGAGGCCCACCGGGCACAGAACCUUCACACCAAUGUGGAGCCGCCUGCGGCUUAUCCACCAAGGUUCGGGACUGGAAGCUGCUGGAACAGGACACCCGGGAGACGCAACGCCACGCCUUCACGGUGGGGACACAGGCCAAUCACCGCACGCAAUUCAGAGCCUACCUCGCCUUCUGCCAUUACUUCAACCAACCAGCCUUUCCGGCCUCCGCGCACCUCCUCGCAUGUUACGCACAAUUCCUCAGUCGGUCACUGAAAUCACCUGACAGCAUCUCUCACUACCUCUCCGCCGUUAAACUACUCCAUCAACUCAACGGGUUCCACACCCUGGACUUACAAGCCUUCGAACUC